CUGACCUCUUUCCCGCGAUGACAGUUUCCUGCAGGCUGUGUCAGACGGGACCUGGUCGUCCUCACAGCGGGAUGUAUUGGAGGGGAGACGGGGUUACCGGAGUUUACUUGGUGGACAUGCAGAGGACCGGGCUGCUGCUGCUGGACUGAAUUAUAAUUUAAUUUCCAAGGACGAGCGGAAACAGAGGAGAAAUGAGUAACAGGAUGGAGGGUUCGAAGGGACCAGGCAACAAGAACGGACCCAUCGCAGCGCCCAGCAGCCCUGUGAGCUCCACCGUAGGCCCACCUCUGGCCCCAGAAGAGCUGGCGCAAGAGCAACAGUCGUCUCUGACAGAUGUCACCCAAAUGUGGAUUAAAUACGCAAAGACUUUUGCCAUCAUCCUACCGAUCUACGUCCUGGGAUAUUUUGAGUUCAGCUUCAGCUGGGUUCUGAUCGGACUCGCCAUGUUGUUCUAUUGGAGGAAGAACCACGGCACUAAGGACUACAGGAUAAACCGUGCCUUAGCAUUCCUGGACCAUGAGGAGAAAGUUGUGAGGCAAAGUGUGCCUACUGCUGAGCUGCCACCAUGGGUCCAUUAUCCAGAUGUGGAGAGAGUGGAGUGGCUGAAUAAGACCGUGAAGCAGAUGUGGCCGUUCAUCUGCCAGUUUGUGGACAAGCUGUUCAGAGACACCAUCGAGCCGGCGGUGCAGGGCGCCAACCCUCAUCUCAGCUCCUUCUGCUUCACCAAGAUCGACAUGGGCGACAAGCCGCUGAGAGUGAACGGGGUGAAAGUUUACACGGAGAAUGUGGACAAGAGGCAGGUCAUCAUGGACCUGCAGGUCAGCUUCGUGGGGAACACGGAGAUUGACGUGGACAUAAAGAAAUAUUACUGCAGAGCUGGAAUCAAAAGCAUACAGCUCCAUGGGACGAUGCGGGUGGUGAUGGAGCCUCUGCUGGGGGACAUGCCUCUGAUCGGAGCUCUGUCCGUCUUUUUCCUCAAGAAACCAUUGCUGGACAUCAACUGGACGGGACUCACAAACAUGCUGGACAUUCCCGGUGUCAAGUAAGUCAAUGCAUGAAAA